AUGAAGAGAACAGCUUUGAGUGACAGUUACCCACGUCAGGAGAUGACCCACGGGUCACUGAAUCAUAUCUAUGCCCCUCCGAUGACUACAACAGCUGACAACUAUGGCGGAUUCGUUUCUUAUGCUCACUGGGCGAAGACUCCAUCUUUUGCAUCUGGCAAUGAGGAAUCACCAUCAGUAUCAUCAUCCUUUGAUUUUACCGACAUUGGAGAAUACGAGUCUUCUGUUUUCAACAGCCCGCCUUACUCCACGGCUGGCACUGCCACAGAAAAGCCUCUCUCUUUCCAAAGCCCCAGUCUGCAAUUCGGAGACUCUCGUACAGAACCAGGACAAGCAGCCCAAUGGCUCCCCUGGCCAACCAGUGAAGCCGAGCUAUCAAGCCAACCAUACUUUCCAGACAACUUAAUCGAAACCCAAAGCUGGGCAAGUGCACCACCUGUGCCUCAAUUCGAUGGCUUCGACUCUAUCCUCCCCUCAACAGCAGCCACGAUUCCAGGAGCGAAUCUCUUGCUCGACACCUCACCACCCCAAGACGACCACACCAUUCCUACACCAACUAUUCCACCACAAUAUCAACUCACAACCCCCAUCUUCCCCCAACCCACACCUCCAUCCAUACCCCAAUCUCAAACCCAGACCCAGACCCCCUCCCCCAGCUCUUCAGAGGCCAUAAAGCCAAACAUCCACUACACCGACUCCCGAAACGCCCUCCUAAUCGAUUGGAAACGCCGCGGUCUCUCCUACAAAGACAUAAAACGCAUCGGAGGGUUCAAAGAAGCCGAAUCAACCCUCCGAGGUCGGUUCCGAACGCUCACGAAGACCAAGGAGCAGCGUGUGAGGAAGCCAAAGUGGACUGAGAGAGAUGUCCAACUUCUCUGCGAAGCGGUCACCAUUUGCUCGGAUCCGUCGCUGGGUUUGAGUGGGCCGCCUAAGGUCUCGUGGAAGAAGGUUGCGCAGUACAUCUGGGCGCAUGGGGGGAGUUAUCAGUUUGGGAAUGCGACUUGUAAGAAGAAGUGGUGUGAGAUUCAUGAUUUUAAGGCUUGA